UCACAUCUCUUACACUUCACUUGACCCUUUCACUGCCCUCCCCGUGUGAAUGCCAGCACCCCCGCGGCUCUCCAAUCAGAGACUCUAGCUCAAACUCGCUGCUUGAACGAAUGGCCUCCGUCCCUACCCCUGCUUGCAUCUAUACUAAACCUACCGUUCGUUUGCGCGGCUAUCAGUAAAGAGCAUUCAUUUACUCGCUCUGGACUAUUCUCCUCCUUCUACACACUCACCACUUGGUGGCGCCUGCUGGUCACCGUCAUUCCUACUAACCAUUAAUCGAACAAGACAAUCAUGAAGUUUGGACAGAACUUGCCCCGCAAUCAGGUGCCUGAGUGGGCAUCUGCGUACAUCAACUACAAAGGCCUCAAGAAAUUCAUCAAGGCCGCCGUUCAUCAGAGCACAGAGACUGGCGGAGAAGUCGAUCUCGCAGAGUUCUUCUUCGCCCUAGAUCGCAAUCUUGAGGACGUAGACAGCUUUUACAACAGAAAACAUGCCGAAUUCUCUAGACGACUCCGACUCCUCUACGAUCGCUAUGGACAGUCUACUCAGCCACAAGACGGCAUGGACAAGGAAGAGAUGGAAGACCUGAUGGGCGCCUUGCUAGAGCUCAGAGGACAAUACCGCAACCUCAUCUGGUUUGGCGAGGUCAACCGUAGAGGCUUCGUCAAGAUCACAAAGAAGCUGGACAAGAAGAUCGAAGCUUCCCACUCGCAAAGCACAUAUCUGGCCGCCAAAGUCGACCCCAAGGCUUUCGCGAACAAUCGCAGAACUGAGGCAGACAUGCGCGCCAUCAACGACUGGUUGUCAAAUCUGGGCGACGUCAAGGUCUUUGACGACAACGCCUCGAUCGCCUCGACCGGUUCGCUGCACCGCGUCUCGUCUAAGAACGCCAUGCGCGUACCCACAGCUGUGCUGGACACCUUGGAGCAGACCGUCCGCCAGAACGAUCUUACGAAGCUGAAGGAGCUUACCUCGGAUUCAUUGAAGGACCUGCCUCCUUAUGUCGUCCAAAAGUUGAUGCUCAACCUUCUACAACGAGCUAUCUCGGCCAAGUCACACGAGUGCAUCACAUACUUGCUGUCUCAAAUCUCUUCCCUCACUGAAGACGACGAUAUGAACAAGCGGAACAUCGUUCACCGCUUGGUAAUUGCUACCGGUCGUGCCAGAGCCCUCGAAGAGAACGGACCCGCUGCAGUACCUAUUGGUGCAGAAGCUAACUCUUUCAUCAAUGCAGCAGAGCUUCCGGUGCGCGUACCCAGCUCAUUCAAGGUCCAGGAGAAGUCUCUCAACCACUCGCUCGGCGAAGAAGAUCCUGCCAUCAAGCUCUUAGCGUUCGUUCUCUCAAAUCUGACCGCAGGGCAAAGAGCGGUACUAAAGGAAAGAGACACAUAUGGUCGUCUACCCAUUCAUUAUGCUGCCCAAUACGGUCUUGUGGCUGCAGCCCAAACUAUCAUCAAGUUCAUGCAAGCUUGGGGCCAGUUUGAUGUUAGCAGGGGUAUCGAUUCAGAUAUCUGGCAAGACGCUGAGGGAUACGCUCCUCUACAUCUCAGUGUCAUCGGUGGUCACUACAGGACCACAAAAGCCUUACUAUUGGCUGAAGAUUGGCACGGCGAGUCUGAAGAUAGUCAUGCUGUCAGACGUAACGUGGAGAAAUCAGGCGCUGCCUUGGCUUUGGCGACGAAGAACAACUUUUUCAUGAUUGUCAAGCUGUUGGUCGACGCUGGUAUCAACAUCAAUCACCAAGAUGAGCAGGGCGAAACGGCUUUGCAUAUUGCUGCACGCUUCGGCUUCGUGGAGUGCACGAAGUCUCUACUCGAGGGAUCGGAGACUCAAAAGGCCGACCUCGAGAUCACCGAGAACACAUAUGGUUGGACGCCUCUUUUCAUAGCCUGCGUCGACGGCCAUCUACCAAUUGUCGAGCUGCUCAUUGAUGCUGGUGCAGAGACGCGCAAGGCCGAUCUUUCGGGUUGGCUGCCUAUUGAGCAUGCCGCGCUCAGAGGUCAUCUCGAUGUCUCAAACAAGCUGACUGACCUCAGUCCGACACCAGAAAACCUCGAUGCACCUCCGCCUCACCUCACACCUGGCAGUGCGUUGGGCACGUCGCCGAAGAACAACUCUUCCAUCGAAGACCGACGUUCCAACGUUCCUCAGGGUCGUGAUGCUCCUCGCAUUCCCGAGGCCGUCAAAACAUUCGGCCACAGAUAUCUCACAGAAGAGUCCAUGGUACUCGUCAGCUUGGGAUCCAUGGACUAUCGCAAGAAUGUCCCUGCAGUCGUGCUCGACAACAUUCCCCUUGCGGACGCGCAUGCCACUCAGCUCGAUACUGCUCUGUCGCUUGUCGUUGCCGCAUCUGGUGCCAAUGGAGAGCCGACAAUCGUCGACUUGCCCGUUCAGGAGAACAUCAGCACUUCACCUAUCACAUUCAAGACUCGCGAUCCAACCAAGGUCAGACUAUUGUUUGACAUCGUUCCUACUUACUCUGGCUCCAAGGAUAAGAUUGUCGGCCGCGGUGUGGCUUUGCUUUCUAGUAUUAAGCCCAGUAUCGGCUCGAAGCGCAUGCUUCUCCAAGGUGAUCUCAGCGUGCCCAUCGUUGCUGCAGAGACAUUGGACGUCAUCGGAUCGGUCAACUUCAACUUCUUGAUUAUUACGCCAUUCCAACACCCGAACAUGCACAUUGCCGAAGACCAAACAUACUGGAAGAGCACACAAACACAAGUCAUUGGUCACCGUGGCUUGGGCAAGAACAUGGCGUCAAUGAAGUCUCUGCAGUUGGGAGAGAACACUCUUCAGUCGUUCAUCGCAGCAGCCAACUUGGGUGCAUCUUAUGUCGAGUUCGAUGUUCAGCUCACGAAAGAUCAUGUUCCGGUCAUCUAUCAUGACUUUUUGGUCAGUGAGACUGGUAUCGAUGCCCCAGUACACACUUUGACCCUGGAGCAAUUCAUGCACGCGAGUGAAGGUCAGACUCCCAGGACUUCUCGUCCUCCUUCGCCAAGAAGAAGUCAUCUGGAUGGUGUGACUGAACAGUCGCGCAAGCAACGUUCAUACUCGCUCGGAGGCUCCCAAGACGAACGCGCUCCUGAUAUGUCCGAGCGGAUGAAGCAUACCCGUGACUUCAAGGAGAAGGGCUUCAAGGGUAACAGUCGGGGAAACUUCAUCCAGGCACCCUUCACCACAUUGGAAGAGAUGUUCAAGACACUGCCAUCAUCCAUCGGCUUCAAUAUUGAGAUGAAAUACCCCAUGCUCUUCGAAUCCGAGGAACAUGACAUGGACACCUACGCAGUCGAACUCAACUCGUUCGUCGACACCGUGCUCACCAAGGUAUACGACCUCGGCACUGGUCGCAGCAUGCUCUUCUCUUCCUUCAACCCAGACAUUUGUCUCUUGUUGUCGUUCAAGCAACCUUCAAUUCCUAUUCUCUUCCUCUCUGAUGCUGGCACGUCACCCGUCGGCGAUAUCCGCGCUUCGUCUCUCCAAGAGGCCAUCCGUUUCGCUUCACGCUGGAACCUUCUAGGCGUCGUCUCUGCUGCCGAGCCACUCGUUACUUGCCCUCGCCUGAUUCGUGUGGUUAAGGAGAGUGGUCUGGUUUGUGUUUCUUACGGCACGCUCAACAACAAUCCCACCAUGGUGGCAAGACAGUCCAAAGAGGGGAUUGAUGCUGUCAUUGUUGACUCAGUCCUGGCUAUCAGAAAGGAGCUGCAGGCAGCUCAGUCAGCGAGCAAAGCUGUGAAUGGUGACGGCCCGGUCAUUGAGGUCCCGCAGAUCAUUCCCUCUGCCAUGGCUAAUGGUUCCGCCGCUAACGGAGAGAAUGGUCAUGCUUGAAGGAGGAAUACUCUCCAGAGGCGAUAGAUUGAUGUGAGCUAGAAGGAUGGGAGAUGCAGAUUUGGCUCGCGAAGACAUAUCUGCUGGCAGACUAUAUCGGGCGGGCUUUGUAAAUUAGCACAGGCGUUUUGGAGGCAGCUAGCUACCUGGGUCAACAAUUAAAUCAUUUUACAACACAAUCAGGUCAGGACUAUGCUAUGAUUGCCCAAGAAGGAUCGUGUCUUUUCAUGCUUCCAGCCAGCUGAUGACCGUGAUCAAUGGAGUUCCUGAUUUCCGGGUCAAGGUGUUAAUCCACUUGUGCACGUCAGUACCUCCAUUGAUCCUUUGGCGUGGUCAUGAAGGUGUUGUGCGUGAUUGACACUGUUCUCUCUCAUGGGAAUGAGGAUGAAGAAAUUGGGUUGCGGCUCCAGCGUAGCUCUAGGGGGUUAUCGUACUCACC